CUCCUUCGAACCUUAACCGACUUGAGUCAACGAACGCUAUCUGGUAAGCUUUAUCAGUCCCCAAAUCACUGAGUCAACUGAAUCCAACUCGGGGUCAGUUACCCAGAUAGUAGUUUUUGUUCUAAUGGCAUGCAGUGAGAUAAAUUCCUGGACAUUUGCUGCUCUAGUGGGUGCUUUUCUCGAUCUCUCCAUAGCUUACUUCUUACUUUGUGGAUCGACUAUUGCUUAUUUAGCUUCGAAAUUUCUGGGUUUAUUUGGAAAAUCCUUGCCUUGUCCGUGUAAUGGAUCGUUUGGGUACCCGAAUAAGAAAAAAUGUUACCAAUCCAUGUUGGUUAAUAACCCACAUCUGAUUGCUCAACUCUACUUGCAGCUGGUCUUGCCCAGAGGGGUCAUCAGAGAUGUUGAAAAAUUAUGCAUGAGGUUUUUUUGGAAAGGUUGUGAUAUUUCAGCUAGAGGGGCUAGAGUGAGUUGGAGUCAGGUUUGUUCUUUAAGAUCAGAGGGUGGUCUGGGCUUGAGGAAACUUUCUGACUGGAGUAGGGCAUGCUGCUUCAUGCUCAUCAGGAAAAUUCUAGCUGAUGAGGGCUCUUUGUGGAUUGCUUGGCUCAAAUCUUAUUGUUUCAAGGUUAUGGAUUUUUGGACAGUUGACUGUAAGCCUCAUUUUAGCUGGAUCCUAAGAAAGCUGGUGAAAAUGAGGGAGGAGGCUAGGGGACUUUUUGGUUCUGCUGCUGUUUUGCUUCCUACAAAGGAUAGGUUAGCCAGAUUUGGAAUUCAGGUUGAUCAUAUCUGUGGUCUGUGUGGAGUUGAGCUGGAAUCUCGGAAUCACUUGUUUUUAGAAUGUUCUUUCGCCCGAGAGGUUUGGGAUGUAAUCUUGCAGACUUGUGGUCUUCAUAACCAGCCGAUUCUUUACUGGAAUGAUUCUUUGCACUGGCUGGCCUUGAAUUUGAGGGGUAAAUCCCUUCUUCAGCUUGCUGCUCCUUGGAUGAAUAAAAUCUUUACUUAUCCAAAAAAAAAUAACCCACAUCUUAAAAUCUCAUCUCUCCAAUCUUCAGUUAAGGAAAAGCUUCCUUUCGAUUCAAUCUGGAACGAAUUUUAUGAUGAUGAAAAUCGCCAUUCAAAUUCUGAAAAAUGGCGAAAUGGGUAUUUUGAAAUGACAGGGGGGGCAUCGUUUAGUUCAUGUAAUUCGAAGAACUCCGUUGGAGCAAAUAAAAGAAGAUUUGGGAAUCAGAGGCCUAGAGUUGGUCUUAGGCGGCGUAAGAGAGUUGCCAAUGGCUAUGGAGGAAAGGUUUUGACAUUUUCGAAUGAUCGUUUGGCUGCCAUUGACACUACACCAAUUGGUUUGAGUGCUUCCAUUACUACCCCAGAUGAUUCUGUAGAUGGCUGGGAAACUUCAAAAGAGAUUGAAUUGCCAAAGCAAGGUUCACAUGGCUUUGAAGUGGAUGAUGACCCGUUUACCAAGAAUAAAAUCAAGAAGGAUUUCGCAUCGGCUGGGUUUGAAUGCUGGAUGCCGGAUCGGCAUUUUGAUGACGGUGACAAAAAUGCGUUUAGAGUUUUUGAACAAGCUUCACAUGAAGAGCAUGAAGCUCGUACUGCUUUGUACCUUGAGCUUGAGAAAGAGAGAAUUGCUGCUGCUACUGCUGCAGAUGAGGCUAUGGCAAUGAUACUGCGGCUGCAGGAGGAGAAGGCGACGAUUGAAAUGGAAGCUAGGCAGUACCAGAGAAUGAUCGAGGAAAAAUUCGCAUAUGAUGCUGAAGAGAUGAACAUUCUUAAAGAGAUCUUAUUAAGGAGAGAAAGAGAAAAACAUUUCUUGGAGAAAGAAGUUGAGGCGUACAAGAAAAUGUUUUGUGAAAAUGUGGUAUCGGAUAUGGAUAUGUAUGACAUGGAAGCCAUAUACGAACAAGAGACUUCGAAUAUGAAGCAACUGGUAAUGUCAAAGCAGAUUGCUGAAUCUGUUGGGGAGAAGGAAAAGACAAUGCUUAACAUUGAUUUUUCGGAGUAUGGGAUCAGAUCUGUUGGGUCACCAAAUGAUGCUCUUGAAUUUGGGAAAGAAUUACCAGUUGCAGAACUCAGUGGGGAUCCUGCUUCUUUAAAUUAUACUAUCGAAGAAAAUCAUGCAAAUCCAUCCAGAAAUAUUUACGAAAUCAAUCAAGAACUUGAGGUGAAGGGAGUGGCAUCUGAGAACAAGAAUCCCGAUCAUCAAAAAAGCUAUGUUCAAUCUGAUCUGUCAACUACUCCUUCGAGAUCUGAUUGGCACGAGAAAGCCAUUAACACUAGAGUAGAAGAGGAGCAAGGCAGAGAAAGCAGUCCACACCCAUGUUUGACACCAAAAGCAAUUGAGACUAAGAUAAUUUUUCCAUACAAUAAUGAAAAAAUGGAGAAGCAUGGAGAAGAUUUGCAUGGAACAGAAUCUGGUACCAACUUUCAUCCUCUCGGUGUUAAUGUCAUUAAUGAUAAAUCUGACUUGCCUCAAACAUGCAAUAAUCGAACCAUUGGUGGGUUAGAAACCGAGGCUUACAGGAGAAGCAGCAGUUUAGAUCGACCUGAAAGAUUGCCACCAUGUGGUCCUUCACGAGUCAAAUCUUUACCUCCUACUUCACGCAGAAGUUCGAUGUCUUCUUUCGAUUACGAGCGGUUGAUAAUUGACAAUGAAGUUGGUUGGCUUAGAGAAAGGCUAAAGAUUGUGCAGCAAGGAAGAGAAAAGCUGAACUUCCCAGCAGGGCACAAGGAACGGGAACACUUUCAGUUGCAAAUAUUGGAAAACAUUGCUAAUCAACUUCGAGAGAUUCGACAACUGAAUGAACCCCGGAAGUUUUCGCGACGUGCAUCUUUGCCCCCUCAAUCCUCUAAGGUUAUGUCAAAGAAAAGAAAUCAGAUGGGUGUUCCUGGAGGAUUGUUGAGAAGCAUUUAAGUCUGAUGAGCAGCAUAAUCCAAAACUUUUUGAAGGUUUCGAUGGUAACAUUUCGCAGUAGUAAGUUUUCGUCGAAAAUUUUACUUGUUACAGAUUCGGGCUCGAACGUUGUUCGACUCGAGUGUUAGUGCUAAAUGCGGUAAUAAGUCGAACACAAGUAUGUUCGAUCUUUUACUAAGUU